CCUUCAGUCCAACCGCGAUAAACAUCAAAAUUUUUGUUUAACGACGCCUCGUAGCGGGUAAAACAGAGAAAACAAAAGAUCGUCUCUCUUUUUGCGAAGCUACGCAGCUCAUUUGCAAAGACAAAAAUGGCGCAAGGAAAGCUGAAGGUGAAGAAGUCGGUGCCCAAAAAUGCAAAACGACCAGCGACCCAGGCCAAUCUGCGGGGCGUUUCAAAGUCUCGCACCGGGCCUAAAAAAGCCAAGGCUGUCACGGCAAAACAGCAAGUCAAAGUGGCUUUGGAGAAAACAAUCCGGAAGAACAUCGAGCAAGAGCUUCGUUCGCGGGCCACCAGCGAAGGCAAGCCGUUCGCGACCACCGCGGGGGCCACGCCAAGCAGCUCCGCAGCCGGCAAGAAGAAACGCGGAAAGAAGGGAAAGAAAUAAACGCGGGCCUGCGGGGUUUUGGGCACAUGGUGCCAGCACCAAAAGCUG